AUGGAGAAAUACAAUAAACUAAAAUUAAUUGGUUCUGGAGCUUUUGGUCAAGCAUGGCUUGUUCAACCGAAAGAAGAAGAAAAAAAAUUCGUUAUGAAAGAAAUAAAAAUUGCUAAAAUGGCCAAGAAAGAACGUGAUGAUGCACGAAAAGAAGUUAAAGUUCUCAGUGAAAUGAAACAUCCAUAUAUUGUUUCAUAUAUCGAUUCAUUUGAAGAUCCAGUAAGUUUAUUUAUCAUAAUGGAUUAUUGUGAUGGUGGUGAUUUACAUUCACGUGUACAAGCUCAACGUGGAAUUUUAUUUAAUGAAGAUCAAAUACUUGAUUGGUUUGUACAAAUAACUCUUGCACUUAAACAUGUUCAUGAUAGAAAAGUACUUCAUCGUGAUAUUAAAUCACAAAAUGUUUUUCUAACACGUGAUGGUUCAGCAAAAUUAGGCGAUUUUGGAAUCUCAAAAGUUUUAAAUGCUACAUGUGAUUUUGCACGUACACAAAUAGGUACACCUUAUUAUUUAUCACCUGAAAUUUGUCAACAAAAACCAUAUAAUAAUAAAUCAGAUGUUUGGAGUCUUGGUUGUGUUUUAUAUGAAGUAACUACUCUUAAACAUGCUUUUGAUGCUAAUAAUAUGAAUGGUCUUGUUAUGAAAAUUAUUCGUGGUUCAUUUAAUCCUAUUCCACCGAAAUUUAGUGGUGAUUUACGAACUUUAAUAGCAUCUAUGCUUAAACGAGAACCUCGCGAACGUCCAUCUGUCAAUACAAUUUUACGAAAACAAUUCAUCUAUCGACGUAUUCCAAAAUAUUUAGCAGAAGAAGUACAUCAAGCUGAAUUUAAUCAUACUGUUUUACAUGGUCAAAGAUUAUCUGUUGAUCUUGCGCAUCCAAAUCCACCGCCAAUAUCUCGUCCAUCGGGAGUUCCAAAAGUAAAUGUUAUGCCUCCUCCUCCUGCACCAGUUUCGGCUCGUCCAAAUUCGGUAGCAUCAAAAGCAUCACCUUACGAACCGAUGAAGGCAUAUGGAGGUGCAUCACCUAUGAAACGUCCAGUCUCCGCAAAUCCUACUGCUGUCAAUCGGGGAUCACAAGAGAGAAAGUUGAAUGAAGUUAAGGGAAAAUCAAUUAUAUCUGUUGAUAAAGAAAGUGAGAUAGACAAACGACGUAAAGAACCUGCCAAACAAAAAGAAGCACGAGAAAAACAAGUUAAAGAAGAAGAAGAGAAUUUAGCAAAAAAACAAAAAGAAUUAAUUGAAAAAGGGAAACAAGCACUUAUCGAUCGUGAUCGAGAACGUAGUCGUUUGCUGUUAAGUCAUAGUACUCCGGAUCUACCAGGCAUAAGUAACCAACGUGUUACACCACCAGUAGUCCUACAGCCUAAAAUGAAUCAAGUAUCUACUCCUUCAUCAGCUAGAGAACCAGUUGCAGCAUCACCGAUUCCUAAUGUAGCAAAAGCAGGUAAUUAUGAUCAAUAUCAUGGACUAUUAGAUCAACAUAAACAGAAAAUGGCUGAGGGAGAACGGAAUAUGGAUCAAUGGAAUAAAAUUAAUCAACCUCAAAAACCUAAUCCUCACGUUCAAGUAUAUCGAACACCAGUUGCCGGUAAUCAAAAUUUACGUCCAACACCAGGUGCAAAUGUUGGUCGACCAGCAGCACUGAGAAAUGAAUAUCUAGAAAAUAAACGUCAAGCUCAAGAGAACAAAGCUCGUGGACAAGGUUACGGCGCGGGAGCAGCUGCUGAAAUGAAUCGAAAUAUUGAAGAAGUUCGUCGAAAAAAUCUUUUACAUAAACGAGAAGCAAUUGAAAAACCUCCGGCUGCAUUGAAAAAAUUACCUAUAAAUAAACCAACUAGUAAUAAUCAAGUCGAUGAAAAAUAUCGUUCAGCUUACGAUCAACAAGUUGUUCUAGCUCAAAAAGAAAAAGAAAAACAAGGUCAAGAAGCUUUAAAAAAAAUAGAACCAGUCAAUAAUAAGCUGACCGAAGUAUUAAAUGAUAUUGGUGUUCGACCAUCUUCUAGUUUGGAUCAAGAGAAAAAGAAAGCUAUUUUACAAAAUGUUAAUGAACGAAGUGUUCGAGAAGCUUGGCAAGAACAUGGCGGUCCACCAAAACCUCGUUCACAAUGGAAUCAACAACCAGCGCUAAAUUCAGCAAUUCUUAAUCGUCAAUCUAUAAUGAUUGAUACAUGUUUAACUGAUUUAAAUGUUCAAGGACAAGCAAUAAAUAUAGGCAAUGUAAAUACACCUAAUCGAUCACAAUGGGGUAGUGGACCACGAGGUACAAUUAUUAAUGUACUUGAACAUGCGAAUGUUUAUGAUCAUACAAUGUCAAGUACAAUGAACACUGAAACAUCGAAUAUUAAUUUGACAGCAUUAGCAAAUCGAGUUAAUCCAAAUAGAAAAAAUGAAACUUAUAUUAUAAGUAGUACAAAAUCAGUUACUUCUUCUAAUCCUACAAUUGAUAUAUCAAAAAAACCGACCAUAGAAAAUGAUUUAGUUGUAAAAGAAUUGAAUGAAACAUUAAAAUCUCAAUCGAAACAAGACAAAGAAUUAAAAACUAAAAUAAUACCAGACAAAGACGAACUCGUUCAAUGUUUAACAACAGGACGUUUUGAUGCUAAGAAUAAACGACUUCUUCGUACAGUUUCAAAUCCUGAAUUACAUAAAAUUGAUGAAUUACCUGAAGAAACAUUGAUUGAAUCAAGAAAAUUAAAUCGAAGUUUAACUGAUAUUAUUCAAUCAUCUCAAGGACCAUCAUUUUCAAGUAAUACAAAGAAAACGAAUAUAACUAAGAAUAGUAAUGAUUCAAAUACAAUUGAUGAAAAAACAGAAUCUGAUGAUGAAGAUGAUAUACAUACAUUAACAUUAGCUUUACAAAGCUAUUUAGAUGAUGAUGAUGAUGAUGAAAAUGAAAAUGAAAUAAAACAUUCAGCAAGUGAACCUGUGAUAAAAACAGAUAAAUCAAAAGAAUUAAUAAUACAAAAUGAUGAUUAUAAUGAUGAUGAUGAUAUUUGGUGUAAUCAAGAAGAUGAAGAUAAUCUUGAACAUCGUGUUCAACUUGAUCGAGAAAAAGAAAAACACUUACGUGAAGUUCUUGGUGAUGAAACAUUAGAAAUCGUUCGUGAAGCACUUAAAAAAAAUGAAGGAGAUACACAAACUUUAUGUAGUCUUUUACCAGAAGAUAAACGUUAUUUAGUUGAUACAGAUAUUUUAUUAACAUUGAUUACAAUGAACGCACGAUCUAUGUCAAAAUAA